AUGUUCCACAGUGGCUGGUCUCCGAGUGCAGUGCUGGACUUCGCGGAGACGUUGGUGGAGAGUCCUCGCGUGUGGCAGGGCCGGGACAAGACCACGCCCAAACAUUACGUGCCCGACGACACGCUGCGGCUCAACUACCAGCAGCUGGGCGUGAUGGUCCGCUACGUGGCGGAGGAGGUCCGCGCGGUGGAGCGCGAGGGCGGCGCGGAGGCGGCGCGGCGGCGGGCCGACGCGCGCCUGCGGCUCCUGCUGCGCGCCGCGCCCGCGCCGCAGCAGCUGCUGGCCGUGGCGGCCGCCGCGCAGCUACACGACCCGCUGCUGCUGCUGCUGCUGUACAUGAAGGUGCCGAAGAUCCUGCCGCUGGUGCUGCAGUCGGGCCCGCGCAGCCGGCCGCUGUCGCUGCUGCCGGUGGCGGGGGCGGCCGCCAGCUCCACCAGCGCCACCGACCGCGUGUCGCACGCCCUGCUCACCGCCAUCGCCGCGCCCGCCGCGCACUCCAAGGACUACAACCAGAAACUGUGGCGCAUGGAAGCAGAAGUCCGAGGUCUGUGGGCGCGCGUGGGCGGCGCGGGGUCCCGCGCGCUGGGGCUAGCCGCCGCCCUGCUGCGCGGCGCCGGGCCCCAGCUGCGCUACCACACGCACGUGCUGGCCGCGCUCGAGGUGCUGCCCGACCACGAGCUGUUCGCGCCCACCAACACUGCAGACCUGCACAGCAUCCUGGAGUGCUUCCUGGCCCUGGCGCGCUCGCAGCCCGGCGGGGCCGCCAGCCCGCUGCUGCACCGCGUGUCCGCCAUACUGCGCCGCUACCUCGCCUGCAGGCCGCAGCUCGCCGGGGCCCUGCUGCACCAACACAAGGACACUAUCGCGUGA